AUGUCACUUUGUUUUACACAGAGAGAGGACGAGAUCCCAGACAUCGAAUGGUGGGAUAGUUUCGUAUUAAAAGACAACAGUUAUCAAAGUUGCAUUGAAAACAAAUCAGAUGGCAAUGAAAAAUACGAUGGAAUCACACAUUUGGUCGAACAUCCCAUUCAAAUGAAACCCCCCGCCGAACCGACAAAACCUGUGUUAUUACCGGUAUUUUUGACACAAAGGGAGCGGAAGAAACUUCGGCGACAGAACCGACGCGAGGCGUGGAAAGACAAACAGGAAAAGAUUCGCAUUGGUUUAGAGCCGCCACCGGAGCCUAAGGUGAAGAUGUCUAAUAUGAUGCGAGUGUUGGGACAACAGGCAGUUCAGGACCCGACCAAAGUUGAGGCUCACGUCAAGGACCAGAUCCUGCGGCGCCAGAAAGCCCACGAAGAGGCCAACGCUUCCCGCAAACUGACUGUCGAACAGAAAAAGCAGAAGAAGACCAAAAAAAUUAAAGAAGACACGAGUCUUGGCGUUUGCGUCGCUGUCUAUAGAGUGCUUAAUCUCAUGAAUCAGGCGAAGAAGUUUAAAGUGGAGGCAAAUAUUAAACAAUUACUGAUGACUGGAGUGAUAGUACUCUACCGUAACAUCAAUGUUGUGGUCGUUGAGGGCGGACCCAAACAGCAGAAGAAAUUCAAACACUUAAUGUUAGAUAGGAUUAAAUGGGGUGAAGAACAGGCCUCUAAGGAUGGAACUGAAUCGGGAGAGAAGAUAGAGAACAAGUGUUUGUUGGUCUGGGAGGGGACGGCCAAGAAUAGAGUGUUCGGUGACGUGAAGUUCAAAUUGAGUCCAAAUGAGAGCUUCGCGAGAGAGCUCUUCAAAAACCAUUCGGUGGAACACUAUUGGGAUUUGGCGUAUAGUAUGUCUAUAUUAGACGCCGCCGACGCCUAACACAUCACUAUUUUCUCAUUAACUCAUCAUUCAAUUAGAUUUUUAACAUUCUAUUCAAUAAAUAUAUAAUUAUUUGAAAUUAUUGUAAUUUUCACAACAAAUUAUUUAAAAAUAAAAAUUUUUAAACGAGAAUUAUAA